UCAUUCUCCAGUAUCAUCUCUGUAGCUUCCUGGAAAGUUAAUUGGAAAUUCACAAAAACUCUGUGUGAUGUUUAUAAAACAUGAUUUGCAUGUGAAAUUAAAUAAGAGGUGAGAGCAUACAGACUGUUCAGAACAAUGAGACCUCUACGAGAGAUAUGAUGGCUGGCAACGUGUCGUCAAACUCGACGGAUUGCACACAUCCCAACACAGUGGAGCGAUACGCGUACCCAACGCUUUAUUCUUUGUUUUUCAUAGUUGGAUUUCCAGCAAACUGUCUGUCGCUGUACGUGGCCUGGAUACUUAUGAGGAAAGGCAACAGUGUGGCGAUGUAUCUCAUCAAUCUGACUGUCGGAGAUCUUCUGUAUAUCUUAACUUUACCUGUCUGGAUCAUUAUGGCACUCGGAUACCCGGUGAACGACUGUCUGUGCAGCAUUAUUGCGGUUGUUAUGUACAACAGCUUCUAUGUGGGUUCGGGGUUUCUGUGCUGCAUUUCUAUGGACCGAUAUUUAGCCAUAGCAUUUCCACUAUAUUUCGUCAAGGUGCGAGAGGUGAGAACUGCUGCGCAGGUGAGCGCUGUCGUGUGGCUGCUGGAGAUCGUGCUUCAUUUCAGCCUUCGGGCUUACACAGGUGACAUCCUGCAUUUUUGUAGCCAUCGCAUUUGUGAUGCGCCGAUUCCAAUGAGCAGAAAUGCCGGUCACGAGGCCAUAAUCCGAGCGGUCACAGGUUUCCUGAUUCCUGUUCUCAUUAUGACUUUCUGUUUCCUGGAGAUUAUCAGGGCGCUCCGCAAAAGCACAUCUACCGUUGUCAGUGAACGCAUGAAGAUUUGGUUUCUUCUCCUGUCUCUCCUCUUUAUUUAUCUGGUGUCUUUUACGCCGUUCCAGGUGGUGAUGUUCCUCAGGGGACUGAAGGAACCCGGCAACUGCAGCGCUGCAAAAAAUAUGAGGGACCUUUACAUGGUGUUUGUGGCAACGACAACAAUUAAUAGCGUUUUAGAUCCCAUCAUUUACUGCCUCAUAAGUGAAAGUGCCAAAAUGGAAAUGAGAAAACUUUUUUUAAACUGUAAGAAACAAAUAAGCAGGAUGUCCAUGUCAGUAAUUAAACCCUGAGAUUACAGAAACAGUGAAAGCUUUGAUAUUGAUACUCUGUGCCUACAUAUCAGUUUUGGGUAACACUUUAUUUUACGGUGUCUUUGUUACACAUGUUACUUGUAAUUAUUAUAGUGAAAACAGUUAAUUGUGCAUAAUUACAUGCAACUAAUCCUAAACCAAACCCUAAUCCUAACCCCAACCUUAUAGUAAGUACAUGUUGUUGUUAAUUAUUAUUACUUAGUACUUAAAUAUAUACACUGUAACAGUGACGCCGUAAAAUAAAGUGUAACCCAGUUUUGUUUUUAAACAAAAUGCUUUUGAUAAAAAUAUCCAGCACAUACUAAAAUGUACGAAUGUGGUCGUACAAAUUACUACAAGUUUGCCGUCUUAUAAAAUACAUUCGUAUUGCCAUGAGAUAGCGAUGCAUAUACUCAAUAUUUUGAUUUUUUUACACCUUCAGAUUCCCGAUUUUCAUAUAUCUCAGCCAAAUGGUGUCCAUCCUAACAAACCAAACAUCAGUAAGCUUAUUUAUUCAUCUUAAUUUGAAAUAUGUUUUACUUAUGACUGGUUUUGUGGUCCAGGAUAUUUUAUUGUUUAGAUGACCUUACUAUAAUUUCACAGCAUGUGAAAAAAAAUAUAAAUAUCUAAAUAAAUGAGUAGAUGUGUCCAAUAUUUUGGCUAAAAUAACAGAAUUGAGUUAUUCAGACUACACUAAAUUGAGUUGAGGCAACUAAUUGAGUAUUGCCAUUUACUUUAAAUUGAGUUGGACUAACUCAAUAUAUUUAUAUUGUGUAAAGCAGUUUUUUAUGAGUUAGGGAUACACAUUCAUAUUGGAUGGGAAUCCUGUUCACAAUUUUAUUGAGUUAAUCCAAUUAAUCUUUUUUUUUUUGAGUGCACCAUUUAGGUACAAAUAUGUAUUUUUUUGAACUGCCAAUAUGUACCUUUGGAGUACUAAUAUGCACUUUUUGGGUACAAAGGUACCUUUUUGAAAGUAUAUUAGAUGUGACAUGCAUGCAAAUCUGUUAUCUAAGCAUCAGGUCUGA